UAACUCCUCGCUCGCGAUGCGCACGCGCUGCCCCGGGAAGCGACGCGACCGCAGAGAAGAGCCCCAGGGCGCGCAGGCGCAGCGGUUGCCGUAACCCCUGGCCGUGUCCGAUAAAUAACUCGCCGCGGGCCGGGGUGGACGCCGCACGCAAAGCGCCAAAUCCGCCGCCCUACAGGCUCUCGCAGCGAGGACUCGAUUACUCUCAACCCGCGGUCGCCCCCCCCCCCCCCCCCCCAACGGUGGUUGGUGGUUUCCGUCUCUCGUCCCCGCGGAAGCAACGAGGCGCCAUCGUCGCCAUGUACCCGAAGGCGGAGGAGGGCGCGCCGCUGCGGGCCUUCCCGAUGAGCGGCGGGGGCGGCUACUACCAGGCGGGCGGCGCGACGGCGGCGCUGGCGGUGCAGGCGAAGGCGCCCGUCGCCGCGUGGUCCACCGGGCUCUGCGACUGCUUCGACGACUGCAGCAACUGCUGCGUGACGUGCCUGUGCCCGUGCAUCACGUUCGGUCAGGUCGCGGAGAUCAUCGACCGGGGGUCGACGUCGUGCGGCACUAGCGGGGCGCUGUACACGCUCAUCAUGCUCCUCACCUGCUGCCAGUGCGUCUUCUCCUGCUUCUACCGCGCCAAAAUGCGCGCCCAGUACGGGCUCCAGGAGAGCCCCUGCGCCGACUGCUGCGUCCACUGCUGCUGCGAGUGCUGCGCCCUCUGCCAGGAGUACCGCGAGCUCAAGAAGAGAGGGUUCGACAUGAAGCUGGGAUGGCAUGCGAACAUGGAGAGGCAGGGGCGCACCGCCGCCACCAUGCCGCCGCAGAUGCACCCCGGGAUGACCCGCUGAUGCUGCCGAGCGAUCGCCUCUGCUGUGGAUACCAAAAUGGAAAAUGCUGCGCCAUGCCCAACCUUCCUUGCGCGCCCGUGUAAUUACGCUAAAGCCUACUAUCGCAGUAAUGAAUUUGUCAUGUGAAACACAGCUCUUUGGUAGCUCUGGAUCUAUGGUCUUUAGGGGUGUUUGGAUACGAGGUGCUAAACUUUGGCAGAGUUAUAUUGGAUGUUCGGAUG